AUGGAGCUGGUCUGGGACUCUACCCCUGGAAUCAUGGUGCCUUCCCAGCUGGAAGUGCUGCAGCUCUGGCUACAACUGGGUCAGCAGGAGUUGGCUGUGCUAGUCACCAUUUCACAGUUUGAUGGGGAGAACAUGUAUAUGGGAAUGAAUGACAAUGCCCAGGAGUUUCUAUCAGCAAACCAGACAUACAAUGGUCAGAACGAGAGCAACGAAGACUAUGAGAUCCCUCCCAUAACCCCUCCUAAUCUGCCCGACCCUUCCCUCCUGCACUUGGUGGACCAUGAAGCUGGAUAUCACUCCCUGUGCCACAGCCUCCCUCCAAACAGCCUGAUCCCAGCCUACCCCUACCAGAACAUGGACCUACCAGCCAUCAUGGUCUCCAACAUGUUGAGUCAGGAUGGGCAUCUUCUCUCCAGCCAGUUACCCACGAUCCAGGAGAUGGUCCACUCAGAUGCCACGUCCUACGAGUCCAACCGCCAAGUGCCCCUGCUCGGCCGCCCCGGGAUGCUGGCCGGCCCCAUGAGUGCUCUCAGCCAGUCACAGCUGAUCUCUCAGAUGGGAAUGAGGAGUGGAGUUACCCACGGAUCCCCAUCACCCCCGGGAAGCAAGUCAGCUACACCAUCUCCCUCCAGCUCCACUCAGGAAGAGGAGACAGAGUCACACUAUAAGGUUACUGGAGAGAAAAGGCCAUCAACAGACCUGGGCAAAAAGCCCAAAAGCCAAAAGAAGAAGAAAAAGAAGGACCCCAACGAGCCCCAGAAGCCCGUGUCAGCCUAUGCCCUGUUCUUCAGGGACACACAAGCAGCCAUCAAAGGGCAAAACCCCAAUGCCACCUUUGGGGAUGUAUCAAAAAUAGUUGCAUCAAUGUGGGACAGUUUGGGAGAAGAACAAAAGCAAGCAUACAAGAGGAAAACAGAAGCAGCCAAGAAGGAGUACCUGAAGGCCCUGGCUGCCUACAGGGCCAGCCUCGUCUCCAAGAGCUCUGCUGACCAAGGGGAAACAAAAAGUGCCCAGAACAACCCACCUUCCAAACUAAUCCCCCCCAAGCAGCCCAUGUACCCGAUGCCACCACAAGCUUCCUCACCCUACCCCGGCCUGGGCUCCUUCCUCUCCCCAUCAGACCUGCAGAACUACCGUGGCCACCCCCACCCCAGCCUCUCCAGGCCCCUCAGCUCCAAGCCCAUCCUGCCCAGCAUCAGUGCCUCUCCCCCACCCUCCUUCCAGAUCAGCCCCCCUCUCCACCAGCAGCUCUCCUUGCACCACCCGCAGAGCUCCCUGCUCAGCCAGCCCCUCAGCAUGACCCAGGUCCCCCAGCAGCCCCUCCUGUCCCCCCCCAUGGCACUACAGGUACAGCCCCCCAUGAACGCCUCCCCACCUGGCCAGCAGGACUUCUCACAUAUCUCCUCUGAGUUUCAAAACAACGUUGGACCCCGUUCACCUGGAGCUUCAAACCCUCCAGGAAGCACUGAGUGGGACAAUGACUAUCCCAGCAGAGAGUGUGGGAUUAACCACUGCAGCAUGCUGCCGAGGGACAAGGCACUCUACCUCACCUAA